AUAUCUGUGGCUGGCAGAUGCCAAUCAUCCACGCGGUUUGGCACAUCUCCACUGUGCACUGCUUGGUAACGGAUGUACACGGUUAUCGAUGAGUGAACCGGCUGCGCUAAAAACGGUCCCGUCCUAUAACCGACUUUCGGUAAACUUCCAUUUUUGCCAUGACCAGCUGGAGUCGUUUGUCUUUCUUAGCGCUUCUUGCCCUGCAGGAAACGGUCCUUGCAGAAUAUGUGAGAACCAAGAAGUCUACGAUCGCUCCUGUUGGCGCAGAAGUCCUGACGGUGGGCGUAAUUGGGGAUUAUGGUUGGACAGGAUGGACGCCGAGUCCUCCACAUUUCUGCCUUGAAGUGCUUCCGGAGUUGCAGGCUGCUGGACUCGUUAUUCCGAAUGAGGUCCUAAACGAUUGUGAUCCCGGAGACAUAUUGUACAUAAACAAUGCUACCGCUUUGCAGGUCGACACGUCUUCAUAUAUCGGACAAGUAUGCGCGAUGAAGAACUGCACUGCAUUUGUCUCUGUUGGCGACAACUUUUAUGAUAGUGGUGUUGAUUUCACUACUGGGGGUAUACAACGUUUCCAGGAAGCAUGGGUCGGCAUGUACAGCCAAGGAGUUUUUGAGACUGCUCCUUGGUAUCAAUGUCUCGGAAAUCACGACAUUGUAAAAGGACAGAGCGGCGUUGACUUCCAGACGAAAGUUGCUCCCAUUUACGACCCUCGCUGGAAUUUUGGAACUCAAGGGCUUCCAUAUUGGACUUACGACCUGACAGGCAAAGACUGGACCGCUACUUUUGUCGUCGUGGAUUCGGAUUGUUUCCUGAGCUCGUAUCAGAAGAACACCUCUGUAUAUGUGAACCCGUACACAGAAGCCUGCUAUGCAGACCAACAAACGCAAAUCAACUUCCUAGCCAACACCUUUGCUCAGUCCACGGCUACAUGGAAGUUCCUCCAGCUCCACCACGGUUACAUGUCUUCAGCCACCAACGAAACCGAACUCGCGCCUCUCGUUGAGAUUGCUGUCCAGCACCACGGAAUCGUCUUGAACGGUCAUGACCACUGCCUCGGGCAUUAUUACUUUAACGACACCAACUUCAUUCUCUCUGGCGCCGCGGGCUACCCUCAAGCUGGUGAUUGCAACUACGGUAUUCCACUCGGACCGUAUGCAAAAUUCUUGGGAGCGAAUCCAUUAUCUGCGGCGAAUGGUUUCGUGACAAUGGAUAUCAGCAAGCAAUCCAUAAACAUUGAAUAUUACCUGCGGGACAUGCAAUUCGAAGACGGGGAUUUGUACCCUGUUCCGUAUGAUCUCAACCCUUCUUAUUCUUUCCAGAUUACAGAGCACUCGACUUGAUCGUCUCUGAAGAUCUGAGGGCCCUUUUAAAUAAAAGUCAGACCAUCCAUAUUUUGUAUUCGU